CAAAUCAACUAUAUCAUCGACAGCAGCGACGUGCCACUGGGCCAUGCCAACCGUAGCCUCCAGGACAUUGGGCUCAACCUGGGUGGCAUGAUCAUGUUGGGCAUCAGGAAUGGCACGGAUGGGGCUCUGGCAUCCCUCCAGAGCCUUUUGCAAGAGAUGAAGACACUGCUGGACGCCUUCAGCAGCAUUGCCAGCAGUCGCUCGCACCUCGAGGCUCUGCAGAGCAACUACAGCGAGCGGCUGGCUUUUUUAGCUGGGCUCAAUCAGACCCUGCAGCGCUGCGGCCAGCCCUGCAGCAGUGUGUCCCUGCAAGGCCUGGCCUUCAGCGCCAACUUCAGUACGAUCCCCAGCGUGGAGCAGCAGCUGGAGGCACUGGGUAAUGUGUCUGCCUCCAACAUAGCACAUGAUUUGGAGACGGUUAACAACACGCUGAACACAAUUACUGACAAGGUGCAAGAGGAGUCCAAGGAUGUGGUGACGAAGACCCGGGCCGAGCUGGGCCACAUCAGGCAGGAGAUCAGGAGCUUGCAGGAGCAGUUGCCACUCACGAACGUGGAGGAGAGUGUUGGGGCCUUCGUGGGCAAUGCCACGUCGAUGCUGAAUGAGUACAGGGAACCGACCAUUGCCUUGGAUGGGCUCAGGUGGAGUGUGUGCAUCCUCCUGUGCUGCCUGGUGCUGCUGGUGGUCCUCUGCAAUGUUGUUGGCCUGGUGCUGGGGCCCCUGGGGCUGAAGGAAAAUGUGCUGCCCACCCAGCGCAGCAGCCUCUCCAAUGCCGGCGGGAACUUCUUCAUGGCAGGGGUUGGCUUCAGCUUCAUCUUCUCCUGGCUGCUGAUGCUGCUGGUGGCGAUCACCUUUGUGCUAGGAGGGAAUACCUACAUGCUUGUCUGCGAGUCCUGGCGCAGCCAGCAGCUCUUCCAGAUCCUGGACACCCCUGGCCUGAUCCCUGGCUUUAACUUGUCAGAGCUGCUGGGCUUGGAGGGUGGCACAACAAACUUCUCGGAGAUCUACAGGCAGUGCCAGCAAGAUGCUGCCCUGUGGCAAACACUGCACUUGGACCAGAGCGUGUCCCUGGAUGAGCUCUUGAACAUCAGCCAGUACACAGGAGAGAUCUCCACGGCCUUUGAGAAGAUGAACAUCACUGUGGGCCCCAUCUCCCUGCUCAGCCAGAGCCAAAUGGACUUGCUGACAAACGCCAGCCAGGCCGCGCAGCCCCCCAACUUCACCCUCACCCUGGAGCAGCUGGAUCAGAGUGUGACUCAGGGAAGCCUCCUGGAUCUGGCUGCAGAGCUGGAGAAGCUGGCAAACACAGAGGGCGUGGACGUGAAAGAGGACCUGAAGGCUGAUGCUCACAAGCUGAGGGAGCUGGAUGAGGAGAUGCAUACGAGCUUCUCUGGGGAGCUGCAAAGCCUGAAAGAGAAUAUCCACUUGGUGCAGAGCAGGGCUUCUGAGCUCAAGGCACAGACGAACACUGCGCUGAAUGAAGCCAGCAAAACCCAGGAGUUCCUGGAGAGGGAGACCACAAACAUCAUUAAGAACGAGACGCAGGCCUUCCUGGAGGAGCUGUUGGACUUCUUUGAGACCUACAUCUCCUGGGCCAAAAGCAGGCUGACGGAAGAUGUUGCACGUUGCAAGACCAUAGCUCAGACCCUGGAUAACAUGGAGGCCAUCACCUGCGACUACAUCCUGGACUCUCUGAAUGCCUUCUGGUUCAGCCUGGGCUGGUGCACCUUCUUCCUGCUUCCCAGCAUCAUCCUGGCUGUCAGACUUGCCAAGUUUUACCGCCGCAUGAACAUCGCCGAUGUCUAUAGGAAUGAAGCUGUGGAGAUGCCUCCCACAUUCAACUUCUACAGAAUCCCUCGGCCAGCCACAAGGCAUUAG